UAGGUUAAUUGGUACGGAGUACUCCGUAUUUUCUUUAUAUAAAUACAAGGGCUCUCUUUGGUGUAAAGAAUGAACAAGAAAGAGAAUUUUGCUUAACAAUUUCCUACUAUUUUACUUCUCUCUUGCUCUAUUUUUUUUUUCUAAAGGCAACAGAAAUGGAGACUAUGGAAGCAUGGAUUGCUGAACUGACAUGGAGUAUCUUCACCGUCCAUUCCGGACAGUCAAUCAUCAAUGUAAUACUCCUGAAAAAUGUAGAAAUUGAUGUAGAUCCAAUCUUUAGCAACCCUUACCACCAAAGUGAUACCAUGGAUGAACAAUUACUUGCUGUUACGAGCGAUACCGCCUCUCCUCAAGAAGAUUUUGAUUGCGAUCUGAUUGAACAAUUUAUACUAUCACCUCCUCAUCAUCAUUUAUCCGAUUUCAACGACGACGACAACAACAACGAUGAUAAUGAUGGCGUAAGCUUCAAUGUUCAGGAGAGUCCGCCAUUGAUGAAGCAGAAGAAAGAGACGAAGAAGAAGCAAGCAGUAAGUAGUGUGAACACAACAAAGAGGAGACGACAACCAAGACAAGUACAAGAUCACAUUAUGGCCGAGAGGAAACGUCGGGAAUUACUCGGCCAGUUGUUCAUUUCACUCUCUACUAUCAUUCCUGGCCUUAAGAAGAUUGACAAAACAACGGUGUUAGGAGAGGCAAUCAAACAUAUGAGGCAACUUCAAGAAAAAGUAAAUGUACUUGAAGAAAUAGCAGCAGAGAGGACUGUGGAGUCAUUUGUGAUCGACUAUUCUGCAAGCGGUGGUAGUAGUGGUGGUGGUGGUGGCGCUGAUGGCGGCGGUGGUGGUAGUGAUCGAUCACUACCGGCAAUCGAAGUUAAGACGGCAACCAACACGGUUCUCUUAAGAAUCUGCUGUGAUAAACAUAAUGGGUUAUUGACCAAGUUAUUCACUGAGUUGGAGAAGCAUCAUUAUUUGAGCAUUACUAAUUUAACCGUUAUACCAUUCUCGAGCUUCGCCUUAGAAGUUACCAUUGUGGCACAGAUGGAAGAUGGCUUCAACAGGAAUGUGAAUGAUUUUGUUACAAUUCUUCAAUCUGCCCUUCGAUCGCCCUGAAUAUGAAUCGAAACAAGAUGAUCAUUGUUCUUGGAUAGUUGGAUUGAACUUAUUAUGUUCAAAUUGUCAUUCCAAAUUAAACUUAUUAUGUGCGUGAACUUAAUUAUUAUUGUUAAUCUGUUUUAAGUUUGUAUUAUGGUUGGGAAUAUUGUUGUUGGGAAUAUUGUUGUUGAUUUGAUUUAAUACGUACUACGAAUGAAGUUACAUGGACUUGUAAUUUGUUUUUCAUAACCAGUUUGAUGUCAAAUGUUUAGUUCGUUGGAUUUUUUAUGUAAUACGUAGUAUUCUUCUUUUAAUGAAAUAACUAGUGUGUGGUCCGGGCGAUGCCCCGGUUGUUACA